GAAGGUAUAGAAAAAAGUGGAUGCAAGUCGGUGGUUUUGUUGAGAUUUGGGCGAAAAAGUGCGUGCGUGAGUGAGUGAAAAGUGCGAGAUUGCUGUUACCUAACAGAGUACUGCUGGCGUGGGGUCGAAUUUUCCCAAUUUGUGACACGCAACGGCGCUAGCAAUCAUCAUCGCGGUGUGACGAACGAACGAACGACGACGGCGAGAGUGUGUGGUUCCUCCAUCUUGAUUUUCACUCCGUCUGGUACUACGCCCCUUGCGCCCCCCACACGGUAAAACUCAAUCUUCCCCUGCCUGCUGUGAGUAGUUCCCAUAACGACGACAGCAACGUCGACGACGACUCUGAAAGUUUGAGAUAAAAUUCGGGUCACUUCACAAUAGCCCCCAUUAGCGAUCGGAAAAUAUCGAUUUUCAUUCGAAGUAGGGCUACCUGCCUCCCGGAUUGAUGCUCGAGAGUGUGUGAGAGUGCGUAUAGUUUUUAUACUUAGAGGGGGGCUCAGCCGACGCCACCACCUCCGGAAGGCACGCAGCGGAAAGAGCAGCAGCAGCAGCAGAGGCGACGAAGCGAGCGAGAGAGAAACGAUUCGGUGGAACGAGUUUAGAGCAACCGCUACACGCUGUUCGCGUCAACAGAUUUCCCCCACAGCCCGUACGGAGCAGGUAACCGGGUAGGCGGCGGAACAACAUCGAUGGACUCGGAGCACGGAAACGAUCCGAUGGCAAUGCCAGGAGCAGUACUGGUCGUCGAGGAAGAAGGUGAGGAAGCAGUCGAACUGCCACUGGAAGAUGACGGAACUCUAUCGCUAUCGACGCUGCAGGCCCAGUUCUAUGGAGCUUGUGGCCUGAAGUACCGCAAUCCGGAGAACAAAGCGAUCCGUGGCGUACGGCUGAACGAUAACAAGCUGCAUCCGUUCUCGCCGGAACAGGGCUGGGGCAACCACAUGUACAUCUGUGUGUUCCCCAAGGAGAACAAGCGGAAGAGCGAUGAUAAGCUGGAGAACUCCACUCCCAAAACGAAGCGCAUUGAGAACAGGAAUCGCACGACUACGGAUUUGAUCGUGCUGGGACUGCCCUGGAAAACGACGGAGGAAGGACUGCGCGAGUACUUUGAUGCAUUUGGGGAUUUGUUGGUGGUUCAGAUCAAGAAGGACCCCAAGACCGGACAGUCCAAGGGAUACGGAUUUAUCCGGUUUGCCAAGUUUGAAUCGCAGAUGAAGGCAUUGUCCAAGCGGCACCUGAUCGAUGGGCGUUGGUGUGACGUGAAGGUCCCGAGCAGCAAGGACCAGAUGCAGCACCAGAUGCCGAGCAAGAUCUUCCUGGGUCGCGUGACGGAGGAAAUGACAGCGGAUGACAUCCGGGAGUACUUCAGCAAGUACGGAGAAGUUACGGAUGUGUUCAUCCCGAAACCGUUCCGAGCGUUCGCAUUUGUAACGUUCAUCGAUCCGCACGUGGCUCAAAGUCUGUGCGGCGAGGAUCACCUGAUCAAGGGUGCCUCGGUUUACGUAUCGACGGCCUCCCCGCGGCCGGAGCAUAACCGGAACCAACAGAAGAACCAGAUGGGAGGAAACUUUUCCAACUACGAUGAACGUGGCCGCGGCGGCGGUGGCUCUUCUGGAUCCGAUUACGGAGGUCAGCAGUCCCAUUCGAACAUGAAUUCGAACUAUCACCACGGGGGAGGAGGCGGCGGCGGCGGAGGUGGUUACAACAGUAUGCCGCAGAAUCAGCCAAUCUGGAACUACAAUGAGUACUCGCAACAGAAUCGCCAAAAUAACAGCAACAUUGACAGCAUGCCCAACCUUCAGGCCUUGGGUUUAAACUCGACAGGCCCUGGCCCGAACGGCGGAGGCCAGGGAAACGCAGCUGGGAUUCAUGGGGGCCACCACGGUUCAGCGGGGAUGGGUGGGAAUCAUCUGAGUGGGGGUGGAGCGACGAGUGGGGCCACGGGGGGUGGUGGUAACAGCGGUGCGCCGGGAGUCAUCGGAAACCACGGUCCCGCUGGAGGCAACAUGAACCUCAACCAGAUGCCGAUCAAUCCGGCCAUCAUUGCUGCGGCCCUGAGCCAGUGGAGCCUCAUCGGAAACCAGAUGCAUAACAAUCCGCAGGGAUCGGGUGGCCCUGGAGGACCAGGGGCACCGGGACAAAGCGGAAGCGCUGCCGGACCGGGUAAUCCAGCUGGGCCGGGCUCUGGCGGCCCCGGCUCCGGACAGGAAUAUCUGCCGUGGAACGGAACAGGUAAUGGGAACGCCGCUGCCGGUGGCCCCGCCGGAAGAGGAGAACAGAAUCGACAAUAGACACCGACCGGUUUUCCUCUCCGGCUUUGUAGUAGUUGAACUGAUGAAACGCUUACACAUUUAUUAUCCUCUCCCUAAAAAAAAAAACGGAAAAGAAGGCAGAACUCACAGUCCCCCUUAACACAUACACACAUCCACAUUCACACACACACACUUGCACUUUUACCCCGUUGUUGUUUGGAACUCAUUCUGUGUCACUCACACUACACAUCCUCAAGCAUUGUGGACACAUUAGAGAGACACUCACACGCACACAUCUGCUGCUGAGAGAGAGAGUCGUGAAAGAGCGAAAGAAUGAGGGGACUUCCUAGCAACGGGAAAAAAAGACGUUUUAAACUUAAAAUCGUGAUUUGAAAAACGGAAAACGAAAGAAGGGAGAGAUUUAGAAAACUAUUUAAACUAAACACUUGUAACUCGGCGGAAUGUUGCGUUUGUAGUUUGUUUGUUUCCUAGCGAUCACACGAUGAUGGAAGCUUUGAAAAUUAGUAGAAGUGCAGUGUAGCUUUUAAGUGGAUGAAUGUUUAGUCACAAACUGAAAACGAUGAUGAAUGACGAUGUUAGGAGAAUCUAUAUUCCUCAGAAUCGCUCCGCUUUCCUUUUAACCUGAUUUUGGUUGUAUAAGUUUUAAUUGACACACAUACACAUAGAAAACAAGAGAGAGUGUAAGCAAGACAGAGAGAGUUUGUUCAUAUUUUCCGAGAUGAUAAAUUAUUGAGAUUGUCCUUAUUUAAACGACUGUAUGAGUUCUAUUCCGGGUCGGGGCCAUUCCACUAGCGCUCCCUAGAGCCGUGUGAUCGGCAAAGAAGAACAUGAUUUCCUUUGGCGAUCGACGGUAACGAGCGCUUGUGGAAUGGCCAUUCGACCCGUGUUCGCUUUAAUGUGUUUCCUUGUUUCAUUAGAUUACCGCCUUAUUUGUAGGUUUUAAAGGUCGUCCACAGCAACGGCGGCAGAUGAGGGAACGGCCGUACAUGAAAUAGUUUCCAAGUGCGUGAAAUGUCGGCACAGAAGAACCAUUCGGGGUUUGAACUACGGUGGUAGUGGUUGUGUUGUAGUUCAUGCGGAAACACGUUAGCGCGCCGCAGAUUAGUGGUAAAAGUGAUUGCGAUCGAUUAUUGUUUGAACGAAGUGAGUGAAUAAAGGUCGAUAAAACAGUUUCUCUACUGCUGCCACAAGAAGACCGUCGUCGUCGUUAGUCACUAAAUAUAAAUACACAUUUAUAACACGUUUCGAUUUGAUUGGUGUGAGCGUUUGUUUUUUGGUUUCUGUUUGAUGAAUCAUUUUAUUUACAAAGUAGAUAGGUUCUCUAUUGUUUCAAGUAGAGAGGAAAACCAAGCGGAGGAAUUUUCACUUAGAGGAGCUAGAGUAUCACUACCUACAAACACAUACUACUUUUCGCAGUAGAACUUAAGCAAGGAUAUCGAAUUAAAUUCACAAUGAACACUACUAUAUGCUAUUAAUUAAAACGAGAUAAAUGAGAGAAAAAACUAUAAACUGUA